AUGCCGCCAUCCGGGGGCGCCCGGGCUGACUUUGGAGCUACCGCUGGAGUCAGCAGCUUGCAAGCCGGUAGUGGUGCUGCAGAUUCGCAGAAUAUGCGCACCGGGAUAACCCGAACAACCGAACAACUGCGACCUAUUAGCAGAGAAACAACACCCCAGCUUUCUGCACCAGCUCCGACUGUUUCGAGGAUGUCUAUAUCUGAGACCACACGAGCUGGUAGACAAAGACAACGCAUAGCAUGGUCAUCAAAUAUGAAUAAAGACAUUAUGCGCUGUCACUUUAGAGCUACAAAAUGCGGAACUGAUCCUGCUGGAUACAGAGCAAGACAACAUCUUCACUUUGUUGCUUUAUAUCCAGAACUCAGUGAAAGAUUAACUGAGCAAAAUGUUGCUGACAGAUGUAGAGCGAUUACAAGAAGACUCCUCUUACCAAGUAUUGAAAUUGUUCAGAUUGAACAAGAAAUUUUGGAAGAGUUGAGACCACGCCAAAGAUUAAGUCUCUUGAGCAGAAGGUCUGAAACAGAACAUAGUGUGGCAGAAAUACCACAGCAAGUGGAAGUCCUAAAUGAAAUUCAGCCAGAACCAAAUAUGGAAGAAAUACCAAAUCAAGGUGAAGAAGUUUUGAAUAGCUACAGAGAUUCUUUGGGCCCCGGAGAUAUUUUAUUUCAAGUAGCUUUUGAUAAUUUCCAGGAAGCCUACAUAGAAUUUGAAGGUAUGGAUCCACUUUUAAGACCAAGGAUUCCAAAAGUUCCUGUCACCAAAAAAACAUUGAAUCUAAUAAACCAUAUGAAUAAUAUAAUCGAUGCGGAACUUCAGGGUUGGCAUGAGUUAACACAUGUUCAAAGUGUUAUAUUUUGUGCAGCGGUGGCAAUCACAAGAACUCUGGGGCUAACAGUAAGUUCCGAGCAACGUCAAAACCACCCAACAGAAAAUAGAAAACCAGUUUGGCAGUCGAGGUUAGAAUCAAAAAUUUCUAAUCAGAGAGCAGAUGUUGGAAGACUUAUGAUGUUUAAACAAGGUAUAAGGUCCCGAAAACUUCUGCGGAGGAUUAAAAAAAAAAUUGUCAGACCCAAAAGACCGGAAGAACUCACUCACCUUGAUCUGGACAUGAUAAUUGAUAGACUUACCCAAAAACUUCAGGUAUUCAGUGCUCGUUUGAAGAGGUAUUUAUCGAUUAGAAAACGAAGAGAGGAUAAUAAGGCCUUUAAAGCUAACCAAAGGAAGUUUUAUGCUAGUUUAAAUGGAAAUAGCAAUUUGGCAAUAACACCGAUAGAAGAUAUAACUCCUUUUGAGAGGUUUUGGGAAAAUGUGUGGGAAAAACCAGAAACACAUAAUAACCAAGCAACAUGGUUAACCGCUUUUCAACAGUUUCCACUUAUGACGAGCAGUCCAAUAAGUGUUGAAGAUCUUCGGGAGGUGCUUAGCAACUCCAUUAACUGGAAAGCCCCAGGGCCGGAUGAACUUCAAAACUUUUGGCUUAAAAGAUUAACAAGCGCUCAUCCUCAUGUUGUUCGAUGUUUCAACAAAAUAUUGGAUAAGGAACAAAGAAUUCCAGAAUUUUUUACAAAAGGGCGAACCUUUCUUAUCCCAAAAAAUAGAGAUACGGAAAAUCCGAGUGCUUUUAGGCCAAUAACAUGUUUAGUUACAUUAUAUAAAGCUUUUACUGCCAUUAUAAGCAAUAGAAUUUGGCAGCACUGUGAUUCGAAUGGCAUAAUCCCAUGUGAACAAAAAGGAUGCGCUAAAAGAUCCAGAGGAUGUAAGGAACUGAUCACGAUUGAUGCUAUAAUCGCCCAAAACUCAGUUCAUAAUAAUCGAAACUUAAGUGUAGCUUAUAUUGAUUACCAAAAAGCAUAUGAUAACGUACCCCAUUCAUACUUAAUUGAAGCAUUAAGAAUUCACGGAGUGGAUAACAAAAUAGUGGAAUUCUUUAUGUAUUCUAUGGACCAAUGGAAAACGACUAUACAUGUUGGAGGAUCCACAACUAGGGAGAUAUGUGUGAGAAGAGGAUUAUUCCAAGGAGAUUCUUUUAGUCCGCUGUGGUUUUGCUUGAGUCUGGCGCCCCUUAGUAAACUGCUAAAUGAAUCAUCGAACGGAUACAGGAUCGAGCGAGAAAUGAGUAUCACGCAUCUUCUAUAUAUUGAUGAUCUUAAGCUAUUUGCGAGAUCUAGAAAACAUCUUCAGAGUCUUCUCAAUAUAGUGAAGAAAUUUAGUGAAGAUAUAAAAAUGAACUUUGGGUUCGAUAAGUGCAAAGCGGUGGAAAUGGUACGUGGAAAAAUCGAAAGAACUGAAGGUUUUGAUUUUGCAGAAGGGACCAUUGAAACGCUACAAGAAAAUGAACCUUAUAAAUAUCUUGGAGUUCUGGAAAUGAAAAGCAUACAGCACACAACAAUGAAGCAGCAACUAAAAACAAGUUUCAUUGAAAGAGUAAAAAAGUUAUGCAAAACAAAACUCAACAGUGGUAACUUAACAAAAGCCAUUAAUAGCUUCGCAAUUCCUGUACUCUUAUAUUCCUUUGGUUUGAUAAAGUGGAGUGAGACUGAUUUGGAAGACCUUCAAAGACAAAUAAGAGUAGUGCUGACGUCGCAACGGUUUCAUCACCCUAAAUCGGCGAUUGAGAGAACAACUUUACCGCGAAAUGAAGGUGGGUUGGGAAUACUAGAUCUAGUUAACCAGCAAGGCAUGCAAGUGGUCAAAUUGAGGCAGUAUUUCAUGGAAACUAGUGGCAAUCUCAGGUAUCAAAAAAUCAUGGAGAUGGAUAAAAACUUUACUCCUUUAAAAUUAAGUGAGCAUGACUAUCAGCCACAUAUUUUUACAAUUUCGAGCCGAGUCGAACAGUGGAAGGCGAAAGCUAUUCAUGGAAAGUACCCUUUCCAAUUGAAUUCUGUGGAUAUAGAUAAAGCUAGGUCAACCGAAUGGCUUCAAAAGGGACAGCUGUUUCCAGAAACUGAAGGUUUUAUCAUGGCAAUUCAAGAUGGAGUUGUGGCAACAAGGCAGUAUCGGCGAGCCAUUCUUCAUGAGGAUAUCGAUAACGGUUGCAGACGAUGCCACCAAUCCCUAGAGUCUAUUGAACACAUUUUGAAUGGAUGCUCAAUGCUGGCAAACCAUGAAUACCUUAAACGGCACAAUGAUGUUGCCAAAAUAAUCCACCAAGAACUCGCCUUGAGGUUAAAGCUCAUUAGCUCCAAGAAGCCAUAUUACGAAUAUGAAGCGGACGAAGUAAUCUUCAACAACAGCUACAAACUAUAUUGGGAUCGCCAAAUGAGUACGGACCACACAAUUCUAGCGAAUCGCCCGGAUAUAGUGUGGAUCGACAAAACAAAUUUGUGUGGGUUCAUAAUAGAUAUAGCGGUUCCGUUGACGGCCAAUCUAAAUCGAACAUUUGGUGAAAAGUUAUCGAAAUACGCAGAUCUAGCUCACGAAGUUAAACAACGAGAAAAAUUAAGGAGUAUUCGGAUAGUACCAAUUGUUGUAUCGAGUACGGGUAUGAUUGGAAAUAACGUUAUGGAGGAACUAAAAAGAAUGCAAUGCGACCACCUUGUGCACGAUAUAUUGAAGUCCAUCAUAUUGAAUAGCUGCAGGACCGUACGCAAGUUUUUGGAACAACCGUGA